AUGGGUUCGGUGGACUCAGAUGACGAGCGGCCUCUGCUUCUAUGCAUCUUCUGGAUCGCCACUGGCUUCUCCUAUGGCCCUUUGCUCUGCUUCCCGCUCUACCAAGCUCUGGUGAAGUCCAAGGGGCAGUCGGAGGUCGACCCAACGACCCAGGGCCUGGUGCUCAUGGCCGCCAAGUGCUUCACCGUCCUGGGCCACAAUGCUCUGAGCCACUUCAGGACAGAGCUCUUUGGUCUGAAGCUGCAGGUUUUGAGUUGCCUGGUACUCUCCAUGUGCUCUCUGACGCUGGCCAGCCUGGAAAGCGUGUCUGGGAUCGGCAUGUUGGUGGCUGUUGGGACCUUGCAUCUCACCCACAGUGCAGUGGUCGUGGGGCCUCUUGUGACGGUGCCCUCGGAACAAAAGAGCAAGUUCCGCAGCCUCUUCUACUAUGUCACCGCCCCAAUUGGCUGCGUGUGGACAAGCCUUGUCAGCUUCUGUUUGGCACAGCCUCAAUUCCAAAGUUCCUGGAUACUGCGAGCCAUCGCCUUGAACUCGCCGCUCCUAGUGAUACUCUUUGCUUGGGCGCUGGUGCCACGAAGGAGCUUCUGGAGUGCAGCGCGGAUGAGGGAGGCUCAGAAGGAGCUCGGAGGUGCGGAGGCUCGGGAGGAGUGCCCUGGCAGCCCUCGGGCUCGCAAGACCAACGAGACCGUUGCUUGUGGCGAAGAGGCACAGAUCGACCCGCAGCCCAGCCCGCGAGCCGGUGCGAAGGUAGCGUUCUCGGUGGUGAUGCCUGAGGUGGACGCGCCUGGGAAGUCGCCCGGUGAAAGCGGCGAAGGGCAAGCGGUAAAGAUGGGCAAGUUGGAGCCGAGCAUGACAGCGCAGUUCGGCAGGGCCAAGACAGGGAACCUAAGGCGGGGACACACGGGCAAGAAGAGCGGCCUCCGAUCCACUCGGAGAACAACCAUGGCGCGCAUGCGGGGGACCUUCGCAGAUCGGGCGACCCUGGUGAAUCACAUGACAAACUUCACCCCACUGACACCGAUUCUUGCACGAGAGUUGACGCACAUCGGCGGCUUGGAUGAGAUCUUGCGGAACUCCCGAGCGACCCGACGCUCGCAGCAGAUACCGGCGUCCGGGAGCCCCUGGGCUGAUGGCUGCUUCCGUGUACUGGCCGUCUGCCAGUGUCUGAACGUCUACGGCUUCAGUUUCUACGGCUUCAAUGUGUUCCCGAUGCUUAUCGCAGAGACUGGGCCAAGUUUGGAUGCGAUCAGCAUGCUCUACACUGUCGAGGGCUUUCUGCAGGCGGUCUUGACGGUAGUCCUUAUGCCUUGUCUUGACACGAAGAUGUUCUGGAAGUUCUUCCUCGCGACCUGGGUCAUUCUGGCCUGCGCGCCGCUGGCGAUCUGUCUGUUGGGCAGGCUUCACUGGAUCUUUUAUCUGCUGUUGCUGCUUGUGGUGGACGUGGCCCUUUGCUGCGCCACGGGGCUGCUGAGUGUCCUGCUUCUACGCACUUUGCCUUGGGAGUAUAUCACCACCUUCCACACGCAGGUCUCCGCCCUUUCUGGGCUGGUCACCGGGGCUUCUUUUGUUCAGAUGCCUUUGCGUUCCGCAGUUGGCACCUGGGAAGCGACCUCUUUGAUCGGUCACGGUGCUGCAGCGUUCUUUCUUCUGCUUGUCUAUGCCACUCACCGCCAGUCGAUGCGCAAGUUUUGGGAGCUGCUUGCCGAUCCGGUCGAAAGGAACGCUGAUGGCAUGCUAGAGGAACUCGACGAAGACGACUUGCCGGAGAUCGACGAGAUUGAUGAGGAGGAUGCUCCAAGCACGGACCCACCGAACCUCGCCCGAGUCACAGAGCAACCCGACAGAAAGAAUGAAACCGACCUACCCGGCAUGCUGAGUUAG